CCUGGCCAGCAGCCCGAGUGAGUAGGAGCCAUGUGACUCUGGUGAGUUGGAGUGUGGAAUUGCCUCCUGCUUCAGAGCUACCUGAUCCGAAUACUAAGCAGAGCGAGUGCCAGGCUGAAUGUAAGACACUGAAGACACUGCAGAGCAAGGUGCUUAUUCCAGAGGCAUUACAAAACAUGGAGAUUAAAGACCAGGGAGCCCAAAUGGAGCCGCUGCUGCCUACGAGAAAUGAUGAAGAGGCAGUUGUGGAUAGAGGUGGAACACGUUCUAUUCUCAAAACACAUUUUGAGAAAGAAGAUUUAGAAGGUCAUCGAACACUAUUUAUUGGAGUUCAUGUACCUCUCGGGGGAAGAAAAAGCCAUCGCCGUCACAGGCAUCGUGGUCAUAAACACAGAAAGAGGGACAGAGAAAGAGAUUCAGGACUGGAGGAUGGAAGGGAGUCACCUUCUUUUGAUACCCCAUCUCAACGGGUACAGUUUAUUCUUGGAACAGAGGAUGAUGAUGAGGAGCAUAUUCCUCAUGAUCUUUUCACAGAACUGGAUGAAAUUUGCUGGCGUGAAGGGGAGGAUGCUGAGUGGCGAGAAACAGCCAGGUGGUUGAAGUUUGAAGAAGAUGUGGAGGAUGGAGGUGAAAGGUGGAGCAAGCCAUAUGUGGCUACUCUGUCAUUGCACAGCUUGUUUGAGUUGAGAAGCUGUGUUCUGAAUGGGACUGUGCUACUAGAUAUGCAUGCCAACACUUUAGAAGAAAUUGCAGAUAUGGUCCUUGACCAGCAAAUCAGCUCAGGUCAGCUGAAUGAAGACAUACGUCACAGGGUCCACGAGGCACUGAUGAAACAGCAUCAUCACCAGAAUCAGAAAAAACUCACCAACAGGAUUCCCAUUGUCCGAUCUUUUGCUGAUAUUGGCAAGAAACAAUCAGAACCAAAUUCCAUGGAUAAAAAUGCAGGUCAGGUUGCUUCUCCUCAGUCUACUCCAGCCUGUGUUGAGACUAAAAAUGAUGUUAGCAGAGAAAACAGCACUGUUGACUUUAGCAAGGGACUGGGAGGCCAACAAAAGGGGCAUGCUAGUCCAUGUGGGAUGAAACAAAGGCAUGAAAAAGGACCUCCACACCCGCAAGAGAGAGAGGUUGACCUGCAUUUUAUGAAAAAGAUUCCUCCAGGUGCUGAGGCUUCAAACAUCCUGGUGGGAGAAUUGGAGUUCUUAGACAGAACUGUAGUUGCCUUUGUCAGGUUGUCUCCAGCUGUCUUACUCCAAGGACUGGCUGAAGUUCCAAUCCCAAGCAGAUUUUUAUUCAUUCUUCUGGGACCCCUGGGAAAGGGUCAACAGUACCAUGAGAUUGGAAGAUCGAUUGCAACCCUAAUGACAGAUGAGGUAUUUGAGAAGAGGAAAAUUCCUGCUGUACCAAAUGGAACAGCAGCUCAUGGGGAAGCUGAGCCACAUGGAGGACAUAGUGGACCUGAACUCCAGCGAACUGGAAGGAUUUUUGGGGGACUUAUAUUAGAUAUCAAAAGAAAAGCUCCAUUCUUCUGGAGUGACUUUAGAGAUGCCUUCAGCCUGCAAUGCUUAGCAUCUUUCCUGUUUCUCUACUGUGCCUGUAUGUCUCCUGUCAUCACAUUUGGAGGACUACUGGGAGAAGCAACUGAAGGGCGUAUAAGUGCAAUCGAAUCCCUCUUUGGAGCAUCCAUGACAGGGAUAGCCUAUUCUCUUUUUGGUGGACAGCCCCUUACCAUAUUAGGCAGCACAGGACCUGUUUUGGUGUUUGAAAAGAUUUUGUUUAAGUUUUGCAAAGAAUAUGGGCUGUCAUACCUGUCUCUACGAGCUAGUAUUGGACUGUGGACAGCAACGCUAUGCAUCAUACUUGUGGCCACUGAUGCAAGUUCCCUUGUCUGCUAUAUCACCCGGUUUACUGAAGAAGCUUUUGCUUCUCUUAUUUGCAUCAUUUUCAUUUAUGAAGCCCUAGAGAAACUGUUUGAACUCAGUGAAGCAUAUCCAAUCAAUAUGCAUAAUGAUUUGGAACUGCUGACACAAUACUCAUGUAACUGCAUGGAACCGCAUAAUCCCAGCAAUGAUACAUUGAAGGAAUGGAGGGAGUCCAAUAUUUCUACCUCUGACAUAAUUUGGGAGAAUCUAACUGUGUCAGAGUGCAGAUCACUGCACGGGGAGUAUGUUGGGCGAGCCUGUGGCCAUGGGCACCCUUACGUCCCAGAUGUUCUCUUUUGGUCGGUGAUUCUGUUCUUUUCCACAGUUACCAUGUCAGCUACCCUGAAGCAGUUCAAGACCAGCCGAUAUUUCCCAACAAAGGUUCGAUCCAUAGUGAGUGAUUUUGCUGUUUUUCUUACAAUUCUGUGUAUGGUUUUGAUUGACUAUGCCAUUGGGAUCCCAUCACCAAAACUACAAGUACCAAGUGUAUUCAAGCCUACCAGGGAUGACCGUGGCUGGUUUGUCACACCUUUAGGUCCAAAUCCAUGGUGGACCAUUAUAGCUGCUAUCAUUCCAGCUCUGCUGUGUACUAUUCUUAUUUUCAUGGACCAACAGAUUACAGCUGUCAUCAUCAACAGGAAAGAGCAUAAGCUAAAGAAAGGUUGUGGGUAUCACCUGGAUCUGUUAAUGGUGGCUGUCAUGCUUGGGGUGUGCUCCAUCAUGGGCCUGCCGUGGUUUGUGGCUGCCACUGUCCUCUCCAUCACACAUGUCAACAGCCUGAAACUGGAAUCAGAAUGCUCAGCUCCAGGAGAACAACCCAAAUUUCUCGGCAUUCGAGAACAAAGGGUUACUGGGCUUAUGAUUUUUAUUCUUAUGGGUUCAUCAGUCUUUAUGACCAGUAUUCUGAAGUUUAUUCCCAUGCCAGUGUUAUAUGGAGUGUUUCUUUACAUGGGUGCUUCAUCUUUAAAGGGAAUUCAGUUGUUUGAUAGAAUAAGGCUCUUCUGGAUGCCAGCAAAACAUCAGCCGGAUUUUAUAUACCUAAGGCACGUACCACUCCGAAAAGUCCACCUCUUCACAGUUAUUCAGAUGAGUUGCCUUGGCCUUUUGUGGAUCAUAAAAGUUUCAAGAGCUGCUAUUGUCUUUCCUAUGAUGGUGUUAGCCCUGGUAUUUGUAAGAAAGUUAAUGGACUUCUUAUUUACCAAACGAGAACUCAGCUGGCUGGAUGAUUUAAUGCCUGAGAGUAAGAAAAAGAAACUUGAAGAUGCUGAAAAAGAAGAAGAACAAAGUAUGCUAGCCAUGGAUGAUGAGGGCACAGUACAACUCCCACUGGAGGGACACUACAGAGAUGAUCCAUCUGUGAUCAACAUUUCUGAUGAAAUGUCAAAGACUGCCAUGUGGAGGAACCUCCUGAUUACUGCUGAUAACUCAAAAGAUAAGGAGUCAAGCUUUCCUUCUAAAAGCACUGAAAGCCGAAAAGAGAAGAAAGCUGACUCAGGGAAAGGUGUUGACAGGGAGACUUGUCUAUGA